AUGGAGGCAUUACCAACGAUGCCGACGAUUGCGCCGCAAUUCCGAACAUCGCCCUUUACCUUCGAUGAUUCGUUUAAAUAUGCAAUUAAGGAGGUUCAGAGAAGGAUAUUUGUGAAGAAAAAUGGUUUUGGAACGGGUUUUUGAACGAAAAAUGGGGCAAAGUUUGAAGGGAUUUUUGUUUUUCGAAUAAAAUGCCCUUUUAAGGUUUUUUUUUCCAUGGAUUUUCGUCAGUAUAAAUUUUUCAAGGAGGUAAAAGGAGCUUCAAGUUGAAAAGAACAGAAAAAUAAUGAAAAAAAUAGAUUCCAAAAAUAGCCGAAAAGGUUCAUUAUUUUUUAAAAAAAGUCUUUUUUGUAUUUUUUUUUUGAAAAAAUUCCAUUAUUUUGUCAUUUUUCUAGCUUUAAAAAGAUCCCAUUGAACUCUGCCUCAAAAUUAUCAAUUAUCACCAGAAAAUUCCCUUAUCAAACCGUUCCCCCAACCAUUUUUCUGAUGUAAUUUGGUCGAUUCCUGUCGUUAUUUCGUGUAUUUUAGUACAUUUUGACGCAUUUCCAAGCGGAACCUUGCGAUUUUGACGGCGCUCUGGAGGAGUUGGCCUCGUUGAAGCUUGUAAGUUAUAUAAUAAAUGCGAAAAUUUAUUUAUAUCACGGUUUAAUCAAAUUUAACGCUGUUAAUGAGCAAAAAUAGUGAUAAAUGUUCAUUUUUCAGGUUUUUUUUACGAGUUUCAAGGUUGAAAUAAACAUUUUAUCACGCUACAAUCGAAUUUAAUGUAUAUAUAGAGCUAAAAUCGGUUAGAAUAGUUCAUUUUUCAGGUUUUUCCUCAAAAUUUAAUGUUCAAGUAAAAAAAUUUUUACCGAGGUUUGAGCAUUUAUAACGCAGAAAAAUCAGCUUAAAUGAUUAAAAAAAUGUUCAUUUUUUUCGAGUUUUUUUCUUUUUGAAUUUCGAGGUUAAAAUGAAUAUUUUAUCACUUUAAUUUAAAUUUAACGCAGAGAAUGAGCUGAAAAAAAGGUAAAAAAAUUGUUCAUUUUGUUCGUUUUUUUCAAGCUUUUUUUCGAAUUGGAAAGUAAAAAUAAACAUUUUAACAGGUUUUGAUCGAUUGUAACACGAGAAAUAAACUAAAAACGGUCAAAAUUGUUCAUUUUUAGCUUUCUUCUUGAAUUUUCUCGUUAAAAAGGCGUUUUAUCACUUUUUAUUCAAAUUUAACGCAUGAAAUUCGCCAAAAACAGUCAAAAAAAUUAACAUUUUUUUCCUGUUUUUUUCUUUUUUUCUUGGUUUUUUUAAGGAAAAAAAUAAAUUUUAGGAGCUAAAGACUGUUAAAAAAAUGUUUUUUUCAGGCUUUAUUUUUGAAUUUUUUUAAAAAAAGUUAAGGUUUAAAAUGACUGUUAUGAGCUAAAAAAACUGGUUAAAAUGUCCAUUUUUGUUCAUUUUUAAAAAUUUUUUUUCUUGACUUUUUUUGAAUGUCAAGGUUUCUAAUGAAUAUUAUGAGCUAAUAACGAUCAAAAACUGUCCAUUUUUCAGUUUUUCUGAAUUUAUCAAAUUUUAAGGCUUCAAAUGAUGUAAUUUAUGAGCCAAAACGGUCAAAAAUCUAACAUUUUUUUCAGAAUUUUCUUUUCCUUUUUUUUGGGUUUUAGGAAAUUUAAGGUUUAAAUGAACAUUGUGAGCUUGAAACUGGUUAAAAUCGUCCGUUUUUUUGUUCAUUUUUUUUAGGUUUUUUUCUUGAAUUUUUUUCAAAUUUUAAGGUUUCUAAUGAAUAUUAUGAGUAGAAGUUUUUUUGAAAUUGUUUAUUUUAAAAGGCUUUUUUUGAAUUCCUUAAAUGCCAGGUUGAAAAAGGAACCUUUUUUAAAGCGAAAAGUGGUUGAAAUUAUACAUUUUUUUGUUCAUUUUUUUAGGUUUUUUCUUGACUUUUUUGAAUUUCAAGCAUUAAAAGGAACACUCUGAACGAAAAACGAUGUAAUUGACCAUUUUUCUAGCGUUUUUUUUGAAUUUUCCAAAAUUUUAGGCUUCAAAUGAACCUUAUCCGGACGUCCAAUGCGCAUGCCAAAUAAAACGAUAUUAUGGGCAACUUUGUAUGCUCGAAAAGAGGUUUCCAGUGGCUAGAGGACAGGAUUUGUGCCUCCCAUUUUCUUGGUUCGUUCCUCGAUUUAAAAGAAAAGAUUAAUUUCAGGUACGACGGCAACGAUAACCACCUGAAUGUCUACGAGGACUUGGAUUUCGAGAAAUCCUCGAUUUUGUUCAAUAUCGGCGCGAUCCAUGCUCAACUCGCCUUUGGGGAAGGAAGAUCCAAUCAAGAUGUUCGUGGGAAAUUUUUCUUUCAACUGAAAUUUCGUGUUAAAAUUAGUUUCGGCAUGGAAAAUGGGUCCCAAAGAAAUAUUUAUAACGUAGUUUGAAGAAAAACGGUUGGAUAAUCUUCAGAUAGAGAAUAAUUGAAGUAGAAUUUUCAAAAAGGUAAUCUUUGGGCGACGAAAAAUGAGUAGAAAUAAGAAGAGUUGAUUUUUUGUCCAGAAUAACUUUGCCGAUUUAAAAAUCGACGCGUUAUUCGUUCAAAAUGAUUCCGCGCAGUUGGGAUUUUGGAUUCCAAUUUGAAAUUUUCGUUGAAAUUGUCCGAACAAUUUGAAAAUUUGAAGUUUCAUCCGAUAUUUCGCUGAAAUUUCUCACGGCUCUUGAAAUUCCAAUUUUGUGUGAUCCGCGAAAUCAUUUUGAGCGAAUAACGCGUCGAUUUUGAAAGCGCCGAAAUUUUUUCGAAAAUUCCGGAUUUUGAAAAGUUCUGCGUGCUUCUGUUGUAGAAUUGUAUAAGGAAUAACAUUUUUUUCCUUUCAUUUUUUUAAAAACUACUUUUUCAAAGUUAUUCAUUUCUCCCACAUUUUUUUCGAAGAGUAGGGAGGAAUGAAGCAUUGCAGAAAAUUUCAAAAAGGAAAAUUUUCAAUGGAAGUUUGAAAGAAAGGGCAAGGAAAGAGCAGUUUUAUUAGAUUUUGUGAUUUUAUGGACUAUUUUUUAUUUUCCACGCGUUUUUUUCUAUAGAAUAGUCAUACCUUAACAAAAAAAAAUCGAGUUUUAUUGGUCGAAAAUUUUUUCUCCGAGAUUCCUGACCACAAAUUUGAUUUUUUUCAGUUUCCAGGAAGUUCAAAAUUAUCUCUGGCUCUCCAAAAUUUAGUUAUCUUUUUUUCUUCUCUGACGACUAUUUUUAGGGCAUUCCGAACACCAGAGUGGUCCCUGUAGGGGUUAGGGGGAAAAAGGGGCAAAAAAAUGCCCACUAUAGGGUUAAAAUUAAGCUAGACCCUAGAGAAGUUUAAGGUAUGAACCCCAAGCCUUUAAAGCUCAAGUGGUCACUAUAGAGUUUUCCGCAUGAACUGUAAAAAUUUUUAGAGUAGGAUUAUGAGCUUCUCGUGGUCAUUACCAUGAAUUUUUAUAUUUUUUUAAAUGAUUUUUUUUCCAGAGCAUCAAAAGCGCUUUCAUGCAUUUCCAAUACGCCGCCUAUCCCUUCGAUUUACUGAGUAAACAGAACGGCGGAAGAUUCGCCAGUAGGGACCUGGAGCCCGAAAUGGCCCUCUUCUACAAAAAUGUCAUGUUGGCAAGUGAAAACCCCCCGAAAAAAUCAGCUAAUUUAGCCAUUUUUAAGGCUCAAGCCCAAGAGUGCCUUGUGCAGAAAAGCCUUCUCGACAACCGUAAUCCGACCGUAAUCGCCAAAUUGGCCCUGUUCGUCUCGAAAACCCUCCUCGACAGCAUCGGAAUCAUCGAGGGGAUGUGCAUCACCCAGGGGGAGCGGGAGUAUAAGGUAAGGAUGGGAGAUUUAAAGGCGCAUAGGUUGGAGUUUUAUGAGGGUCUUGAAGCGAAAGGGCUUUUUAUUAGGUUUUUAAGGUUUGAAACAUAGGGAAGAUUUUUUUAAAAUGGACUAUUCCCAUUAGAGAAAGUUCUUGAGAAAAUAAGAUUUUUUUUUUGGCCUGAAAGGAUUAAAACAAUGAGUUUUAAGUUGAAAAAAAUAAUACUAUAUAAAUUAAGGAGGUUUUUUUGUAUGAUCUAUAUUUUUUUAUAAGUCAUUUUACAUGGUCAGACAUUUAUUUAAAAAAAUGAACGAUUCACAAAAAAACAACGUGAAAUUUAAAGGAGCAUAGGUUGGAGUUUUAUGAGGGUCUUGAAGCGAAGAGGCUUUUUUUAUUAGGUUUUUUUCAGAGUUUGAACUAUAAGAAAAAAAGCGAAAUAGUGUGUGAAUUUAGGAGAUUUUUGUGUGAUUUUUUUAGAUUUUUUUAUCAGUCAUUUUACAUUGACAAAAAUAUAUUUUUUUAAAAAAAUGAAAGAUUCACAAAAAAAUAAUGGGCCGUUUAAAGGCGCAUAGGUUGGAGUUUUAUGAGGGUCUUGAAACGAAGAGGAUUUUUAUUAGGUUUUCUUAAGGUUUGAACUAUAAGAAAGCUUUUUUUCAAUGGAUCUAUAUUUUUUAUAAGUCAUUUUACAUCGACAAAAAAUAAAUGUAAAUAUUAAACCUCGAUUCACAAAAAAACAACGUGAAAUUUAAAGGAGCAUAGGUUGGAGUUUUAUGAGGGUCUUGAAGCGAAAGGGCUUUUUAUUGGGUUUUUUAAAAUUUGAAGCAUGAAAAAGAUGGUUUUUUUUUCUCCCAUGACCCCUGUAGAGACUACUCGGGUUUCCGAUUUCAAAAGCAGAAUUUUUUUUCGCUUCAAGAAUCUUUUUAUUCAUCAAAGAAGAACUGAUUUUUCAAGAUUUUUCGGGCAAAAUUUGAUCAAAAAAUCAUUUUCCAGAGAAUCUACAAAUUGGCCAAAAUAAAGGGGGAAAUUUUCGCGGCCGUCGCCUAUCUGGAAAUGGGAAUGCAGGCGGAAGCCGACGAGAAAAUGGGCGUUCGGUUUGAAAUUUUCCCGCGAAUUUUCACCUUUUCGUGAACUUUUCAGGUUAGGGUACUACAACGUCUCCAUGACUCACAUGGAAAAAGCCCUGACUUUCAUCAAAAAUAACAACGAAAGCAGCGAAAUCGUUCCCACUGUGUCUUUUCUGUUGGACGUCGUCACGGCCAAGUAAUUUGGAAUUUUUUAAAAUAUGAAACUUCAGCCUGGAAAGUUUGAGCUUCUGAGGAGAGUUCAUAGAAUUGGAUUUUUAUGGAAAUUGAUAUAUUUUCUCGAUUUUUAAUGUGUCUUUUCUGUAGUGACGGCGAAAAUUUUGAAUUUUUUGAUUUUUCUGGAAGUUCAGAAUCGUAAAAUUGGGCCCAGAAAGUUGGAGCUUCUGGAGGGGAAUUGUAGAGUUGGAUUUUUAUAAAAAUUGAUGAUUUUUCUCGAUUUUUACUGUCUCUUUUCUGUAGUCGCGGGGAAAUUUUGAGAUUUUUUGAUUUUUCUGGAAGUUCAGAAUCGUAAAAUUGGGCCUAGAUAUGUUGAGCCUCUGAGGAGAAUUCAUAGAUUCGGAUUUUUUUAAAGAAAUUGUGGAUUUUUUUCUCGAUUUUUACUGUGUCUUUUUCUGUCGUCACGGCCAAGUAAUUCGAAAUUUUUUAUUUUUCAGGAAUUUUAAAAUAUGAAAAUUCAGCCUAGAUAUGUUGAGCUUCUGGAGAGGAAUGGUAGAGUUGGAUUUUUCAUAAAAAAAUUGAUGAUUUUUUUAAUAUAAUAUUAUUUAUUUACAGGCAGAACAAAAUAACAUGUACAGAAAAAAAGAGAAAAAAAUUUGGCAUUAAGCCUGAAAUAAAUAAAUAAAAGGCACUUGAGGCCCUCACGAGCCUCUGAGCCAGUAAUGAAAGAAUAAGUUUUUCUCGAUUUUCAUUGUCUUUUUUCUGUACUCACGGCGAAAAUUUUGAAUUUUUAGAUUUUUUCAAAAAUUUUGAAAUUGCAAAGUUCAGCCUGGAAAGUUUGAGCUUCAAGCAGAAGUCAUAUAGUUGAAUUUUUUCAAAAAAUAAUAUUUAUUCUCGAUUUUUACUGUCUCUUUUUCUGUAGUCACGGGGAAAUUUUGAAUUUUUAGAUUUUUGCAAAAAUUUUGAAAUUGCAAGAUUCAGCCUAGAUAUGAGCUUCUGGAGAGGAAUUGUAGGGUUGGAUUUUUAUAGAAAUUAAUAUAUUUUCUUGAUUUUUAUUGUCUCUUUUCUGUUGUUUUUCACACAUUUCUUUCAGACAAACCAACGCGAAAAAGGAAAAUGACUUCAUUUAUCACGCCAAGGUUCCGUCGGAAGGCGAAUUGCAAGAUAUUAUGAAACAGGUGAGCUGAUAUUUUAUAAAAAAACGUUUUUCAGGAUCACACUGUUUUUAUUAUUUUUAUAGAUUCGAUUUUUUUAAAGCGAAAGAGAUCUUUACACCUUUUGAGAACAUUUAGGCUCUCGAAGUAGGAAUAUUGUUUUUAAAAAAAUCCGAUCUAACUUGCUCAAUUUCAUUCUCAGGAAAGGCGGAAUGGAGGGUAAUGGCCGCUAAAAUGGAAAGGCUCAAAAAAGGAAGCAGAAAGGCUGGAAAAAGGCAGAAAAGAUAGUCCCCUUUUCUGAGAUUUUGAAGGUUUAAGAAAUGGUAAAAAAGGGAGAGAUAGCAAAAAUGGCGCAAAAAGGCAGCAGAAAGGAUCAUUUUUGGAGAAUUUUCCGCCUUUUCCGACUUGGCCUUUUUCGUGGAAAAAUGGGUAUUUGAAUUUAGUGCAACAUCAUUCCCGGGCAAAGUCCAAAAGGUCUCAAAAAGGACUUUUGGAAAAAGGCCUCAAAGGCGCCUUCCUUCUAGACCUUUUUUUGAAAAGGACCUUUUAAAGAGGACUAAAAAAAUAAGGCGGAAAGAAAGAAAUUCCGAGAGACUUUCGACACCUUUUUUGGAACUUAAAAAGAAGCUUUAGGCUCUUAUUUUUAAGACAUUUUUAAGGUCGUCUGGACUUUCGCUGUGUAAAAGAGAGAGGAUCAAAAAAGGCCGCAGAAAGGCAGCAAAAAGGCGGCAAAAAAGGGUCCCUUUACCGAGCUUUCCAUUUUUUCCGAGAUCUCAAAGACUCAAGAAAUGGUGGAAAAAAGAGAGAGAGACUGCCAAAAUGGUGCAUAAAAGCCGAUGAAUUGGCGCAAAAAGGCAGCAGAAAGGGAACAUUUCUAUUAAGCCUUUUCCGACUUUGCCUAUAUUGAAAAAUUUUUUUCCCGUAAAUUCUGAAUAAUAUUUUUUUUUUCUGAUUUCCAGGAUGGGUUCAUGUGCAAAGUGAAGCCCCUGCAAUUCGACCCAUUAGAUUCGUCGGUUUUGGGCGAAGAUUUAUUCGGAGCUUUAUUACCCCCAACUGUCCUCAAAGCUGUUAGCUUGUAUGAGGUAAAAACCCCAAGAUACAUCAGAAAAAAUCCAAAAAAUUCGUUUCCAGGAAGAGAAAAUGAAAUUCAAAAGGACCCAAAUGAACUUGGUCGACGAGGCGAACAAAGUUUUCGAGUGAGAAAAUCGAUUUCUCCACUUUAAAAUAUAGAAUUUUUCCACAGAGAUUUCCUGGAACGGGCCCAAAUCGCGAACAUCCAGAGGAUGAUUGAAGGAACUUCGGAUACCGACAAGUUGUUCUUAUUUCCUGAUGUUCUUCUGGAGAGAAAUGCGGCCCUGACUUCUCAGCCUGAAGCCAUUCCUAAUCUUCUCGAGCAACUUAGGGGUUCGUAAAUAUUUUUUUGAAAAAAAAGAGAAAAAAUUAGGAGUUUUUGUGAAGGAACUUUACGGAAAACCCAUAUUUUGACUUCUUUUCCCCUCAAAAUAUCAACUUUUUGAUUUUCCUAAAGUUUCCUUUUCUUCGGCUUCUCAGCCGGAAACUGUUCCCAAUCACCUUUUAGAAAUAAGGGGUUUGUAACUAAUUUAAAAAAAAAGCAGAAGUGAAGAGUUUGUGUGAAGAAAGUUUACUGAGUACACUUAUUUUCGACCUUUUCCCUCUAAAAAUCUGCAAAUAUUAAGUUCGUACUCUCGAAAAUCCCAGCCUUGAGCUGUUUCUAAUCCUUCUGAGCAAUUGAGGGGUUUGUAAAUGAUUAGAAAAAAACAAGUAGAACUGAAGAGUUUUCGUGAAUUUUUUUGAAUCUCUUUUUUGACUUUCAUCCUGAGGCCUUUCCUAUCUUUCUAACGAUUAAGGAGUUUGCGAAUUAUUGUUAAGAAAAAAAAGGAACUAAGGAGUUUUUAUGAAGGAGAUUUACUGAAAACCCAUAUUUUGAUUCCUUUUCCCCCAAAAAUCAGCUUUUUGAUUUUUUCUGGAGACUUUUUUUGUGAAGGAUAUGUAGGUAAACAGAUAUGUUACAUCGUCAAAAUAGCUCAGAAUUUUUUUUUUCCAUUUUUUCGUACUCGAAGUAUUUUCGUGAAAAUAAUCAUUAGAAAAGCUAGAUUUUGACGAGUUAGAGAUAAUUUUGCAUUUAGCCUUUAUGCCAAUUCAUGCAACUUUGAAAGACUUCUCGUUGACUAGAAUGUACUACGCUGAACAAUACAGUUCUACAUGAACUUUUUCUUUUCAAAAACUUUAGAAAAACGUUUGGGACCUUUGAGGGGGUAUAGCCGAUUCACGGCUAACUAUGGGACGGAAAAAGUCGGAGCCUGUCGGCGCUCUCUAUCAACUAAAAAAAACUGUUUAUUGCAUCUUCAAUGUAAGAAUACAUGUGCAAUCGACUUUCAUUGAUUUUAACUGUGUUUGAACGGCGGCAGGAGCUGUGGCUUAGGCAGAGAAGGUGUGAAUUUCGCUCGUAGAACAUCAGGUACAAGAGAGGUCGUAGGAAGAAGUACGGUGCCGGCUUUCCAAAGGCCGAUGGCAGAGAUUGAGCCUUUUGCUGCAUGCAGCUCCCAAUUUUAUCUACUCCCGAGGGAUGAAAGGCUUGGUCGACCUCGGGGGGACUCGAACCUACGACCUUGCGGACGAUUUUUAAUUUCACGAAUGACUUGAAGUUCAAAACACUUGCGAGGAAGGGUGGACGGCCUUCAAAUGUUGUUUGCCUAUGUAUGAUGGGAGUAUACUAAAUAUAUAUUAGAUAAGUUUCACUAUUUUUUUUUAUUCAGAAGGCAGCGAAACGGCCCAAAAUGCCGGAAAUAAACUCGCCAAGUUGAUUACGACCCUUCGGGCAAUCGAUCUUCCUGAAUUGGUAAAAAAUUGGGAUUUUUUGGAAUCAUUGUGAUUUUUCUUUCUUUUAGACAAGCGAUGAAGGUUAUAUCGCGAUUUCGAAAGAGCUAGACCGAUUGAAUGAACAUUAUACGCAGGCUAGGUUGGUUUUUUUCAAUCAUGUAUCUUCUAUAAAUAAUUUAUUUUAAUUUCUAAAGAAUUUUUUUUGAACAUUCACAGUAGUAAAAAAAUGUCAAAAAAAUCGGUUAGAAAAGUAAAUUUUGAGAUUGGGAUGAAAAUUCAAAAGUUAAAGUUUCUUUUCUUUCCGUUUUUUCUAUCUCUCCCCUUUUCCGCCCUUUUUGAGCCCGAAUAUGGCCUUUUCAGAUGUUUUUUACUUAGCUCCGCCCUUUGUGGUUACGGUAUUUUUCGUCUCGAUUUUCCACCGCAGCGAUGCUCCUUUAAUAACGUUGAACUUUGUGACUUCUUUUUUUUAGCUGUUAAAUCGAAAAAAAUCGAAAAAUUUAGCGCGAUAGAGUAUCGACGCGAAAAGGUACUGUAGGAGUUCAAAAUCGAAAAAGACUAUAUUAUCAGCAAGAAAGGGAGGCUCAUUAAGUGGACCCUUUAUGCCGAGAUUUUUGAACUUUAAAAAACCGAUUAUUCGUUUUUCAGGUCUGAAAAUGCCUCACAAAAAAUGAUUGAAAAUCAUUCUUAAGAACGCCUCGAAGGUCCCCCUCUAGGGGCCACUUUACCGUGCCCUAUAGGGGCCAAUAAAGCUUGCCCAAGUGGCCAUUAUAGGAGAGCAUGCUAGUGGUCCCUAUACGUAAUUUUAACUUCCAAAUCAGAAAAAAGAGUUGAGAAACCACUGUAGGGACCACUUAAGCUUCAGGGAGCUAGAUUUCAGAGUACAUCCUCCUAAAGGGACCACCUGAUUUUCAACCCUUCAGGGAGCACUUUUUGUCCUCUAUAGGAGCUAUUUUCCACUAACCCCUAUAAGGACCACUCUGGCGUUCUUGAGACUCAUAGGGCUUAUUUUUUUUUCCUAACCCUUAUAGGGACCACUUCGGCGCUCCUAAGGUGCAAAGUUCUAGAUAUCAAGAGACCACUAUAGGCUUGAGCUCUAGGGGUCAGACCCUAUAGAGACCACUUACUGUAAUUUUGGCAUUCUAUGGAGCAUUUCUUGACCCCUAUAGGGUUUUUUUCUCUUUAAUCUCUAGAGGGUUCACUUCGGCGUUCCUAAGACUCAUAGGGUAUUUUUUUUUUCCUCUAACCCCUAUAGGGACCACUUGAGCUUUAAGAGCUCGGGGGCCACCUGUUUUUCAACCCUUUAGGGAGCACUUUUUGUCCUUUUUAGGAGCUGUUUUCCACUAACCCCUAUAGGGACCACUUCGGCGCUCCUAAGGUGCAAAGUUCUAGAUAUCAUGAGACCACUAUAGGCUUGAGCUCUAGGGGUCAGACCCUAUAGAGACCACUUAAUUUUGGCAUUCUAGGGAGCAUUUCUUGACCCCUACAGGGACUUUUUUUUUCUCUUCUAAGGGGACCUGUCAAAUCGGAAAAAAAGUCUAACUGUAGAAAAUAUCCAAAAUUUGUAAAAACUCCUAUCAGAAUCAUAAGAAGUUCUCAUUUUCCAGGUCGAACAACGCCUCGCUCCACAAGGCGAUCGCGGCCCACUCGACGGACCUCCACCUGCUCUCACUGCCUUACUACGAACUGAGACAGAAGUUGAUCUCCCAGGACGCCCAGUCCUUGGCCAUCUCCGACACGGCCCAAAUCCGAAGAAUCAUCACGAAAAUCGAGGAGAUGCAGAAGCAGCGACUGACCCUCCUGAGUCGACUCGACGAGGAGCUCAAGGCCGACAACAUUGCCAAGAAAUUGGUCUCCGACCGGGAUUUCGAUCCUGAGGUGCUUUUUUUGGUCAGGCGAUUUCUGGGAAGGUGAAGGUAGGGUCCGCAAGCCAUUUCUUCAAAACGAUCCAAAAAAUAUGUUUUUUACACUGUUCAAUAGAGGAGACUGUCCAUUUUCAUAAUCCGUUUAGUUUUAGAAAAAAGCUCCACUAAGAAAAAAGUUAUGGCCAAAAAACGAGCGCGCGCGGCGUUCAACUGGAGGCGAAAUCUCACGGUUUACCCGCUGCCGCACGCUUUCUUUUUAAAUGUUUUUGCGCGUUUCUGGACCGUUUUUAAAUCGGUUUUCUGUUCUGAGAGGUUGUCAGAACUGAUCUUUAUGUUUUGGCAUGAAUCAUUCGCAUAACUAUCAUCAGAAUUUUUGAUAAAAUAUCAAAAAACUACUUAGAAAAAAGGUCACAAGGAAUUUUCAGCUUAUUUUUCUUUUUUCUAAUCAGAAAAAUUAUUAUCAUUUGGUUUGGAAAAAAGAAAAAAUGAAAAAUAAUGUUAUUUCGAAAUAAAACAGGAAAGUGUGCAAUUUGACUCCGAAAAACGGCUCCUGCGACAUUUAAAAGGGCGCAUCGGUGUGUUUGACGCAAACACUGCUACGGACACUUGCACGAAAUCUUCCGAAAUUUCAAAAAAAAUUGCUAUUUUUUCGGGGUUUUCAAAGCCGUUAUUUUUUUCGCGUCGAUCGAUUUUUUUCAUAAUUUUUUCAUUGGUAGAGUUUUGAACGCUUAAUAACAUAAUCAAAAAUAUAGACGCGAUCCUAUUCUCUCAUGCGUCAACGAGGCAGGCGAAAAAAAGGAGGUUUUGGUAAAAACUCAAAUAUAAUUUGAUUCACUGUCCCAAUAAUUAUUUUUCAUUUUGAAUUUUUUUGUUUGUGAGCACAUUGUGAGUUUUUUUAAAUCAAAUAAAAAAAGUAUACCUUGUCGCUGAAAUUUUUUCGCAUUUCAGCUUCAAAGUUUGGUGUCACUUUACAAGCUUUAAUAUUUUUUUCGCGUCGGUAGAUUUUUUUCAUUUUCACUCAAAAAAUAAAGAAAGUGUUAAUGUAUAACAUACUCAAAGUUCGGAAGCGUUUCUCACUUGGUUUUCUGAAACGCGACGAUUUUUGUGAAACUUGUCAGUUUUUUUCGUGUUAAAUCUUACUUUUUCGCUUAUUUUUUUGAAAAAAAUACAUAGUUUUUUUAAAAAUAUUCCGUCUCGUAGAGCGUUGUCGAUUACAUAGAUUAACAGAAACAGUUCAUUUAUAAAAUGGGACUUUAGCUAGUAAAAACGCCUCAAAACCGUUUUUGCAACAAAAAAAUCGUCAUUUUGGUGGCGUGAAGGGGCGGGGCUUUGCGCCCCCUAGGUGAAGGGGAGCUAGAAAUACUUGAAAAGGCCUCCGGAAGGUGUUCAGAAGGUCCUAGGAAGGCCGGAUUCUGAAAAAGGUGUAGCUGAAUAUCAAGGGACCUGUCUGCGCUCUCCAACAGCCAGUCACUAUCUCUCUUCUCUUUUCGUGUCAGGACCCUUAUUUCGAUGGCUCAAACAGUCGUGAUUUAGUUAUAAAAAAUUAAUCAUGCUUAGGAAUUUUCGAGGGGUCCCUAUAGGGGUUAGCGGGAGAAACAGCCCUAUAGGAAGUGAACAAGGGGUCCCUAUAGGGCUCCACUAGCCAGGCACUAUUUCUUUUAUCUUUUCGUGUCAGGACCCUUAUUUUGAUGGCUCAAACAGUCGUGAAUUAGUUAUAAACAGUUAAUCAUUCUUAGGGAUUUAAGAGGGGUCCCUAUAGGGGUUAGGGGGAGAAACAGUCCUAUAGGGAUUGAACAAGGGGUCCCUAUAGGGAUCCACUAGCCAGGUACCAUCUCUUUUAUCUCUUCUUGUCGGGACCCUUAUUUCGAUUUGGAUUGUUUUCAAAUAAAAAUCAAAACGUCUAAGAAAUCAGUCCAGUUUCCUUUGAACACAAUAAUGAAGGUCUUGAGGCGAAUUCGCCGUUUUCGAUCCUGUAACUGCGCCUUUAAAGCAAGCAUUUCAUUGAACCCACUAUCCUUUAAAAAGUCGUGUAAUAAGGCCAAAAGAAAUUCUUUUCCAGAAAACUUUUGCGACGGAACUGGGCAAGCACCAGCAGACGGUCUCCUAUCUGAAAGCCAAUAUCGCCGCCCAAGAAACGAUUUUCCACGCGUUCACCGAAGCGAACGCCGAUUUCAGCGAGGAUCGCAGGAAAAUCCAGAAGAUGAUCGAUGAGUUCGUUAUUUUUCAUUUAGCCAAAAAAGCCUUUUUUGAAAGUUUGAUCCUUUUUUCGAGCUUUUAGAGGCUUCAUGUUCAAAUAAUGAGAUUUAUGAGCUGCACUGUUUUUUUAAAAAGAUUUUCAGUUUUUUCAAGGGAUCAUUUGAGGGAUUUUUAUACUUUUCAGUGAUGAACCCCUUGUUGUUAUGGUUAUUUAGUGAAAAACGUGUUGAUUGCUUUUUUCGAGCUUCUAGAGACUGCAUGUCCAAAUAAUGAGAUUAACAGGCUAAAAUGGUCCUUUUUGGUCCAUCAUUUGAGGGAUUUUAACGCCUCCUUAGUGUCCACUUGAAAGGACAGUCUUUUCGAAUUUUCAAAAGAGUAUUUCUUUCAAAUUUACUCGAUUUUCUUCGAUCUUAAAAGCCCUUACACUGGCUAAAUGCGUAACGGAUGCUUUAAAAUGCGCCGGACCUUGAGCUACUUCCGCGAGAGCUCAUUGGAAAGAGUUGAAGAAAUUUUUCUGGAUUGAUUUCGAUUUUUGAAAAAUUUUUAACGCUUUGAUCCAUUCCAAAUGCGGUCAUGUAGUUUCUGAAGGCUUUACGUUCGAAUAAUAGGAACUAUAAGCUGCAUUGGUCCUUUUCUAGGGAUCGCUUGAGGGAUUUCAACGUCUCUCUAGGGCCCACUUGAAAGGAAAGGUUUUCAAGAAAGGUCCAGAAAGUUUCAAUAGAUUUUUAAGGUUUUUCUAAUGAUUAUGCCUUUUAUCACGGAAUCAAUUAAAAAAAAAGAUUCCUCAUUUUCCAGAUUCCAUUCUCGUGUUAUGGAACUCGUUGCGGCUUUUGACGUCUACCAAGAAGUUUGUCUCAAAGUCGCCGAGGGUCAAAAGUAUCAGAAAAUCUUGUACUUUUUUGAGAAAUGUGUAUUUUCAAGGUUCUACAAUCAAUUGAUCCAAAGGUGCGAGAAGCUGGAAGUGGCCGUUAAUGCGAUGGAUUCGGCUUGUGAGUUGGAAAUUGAGAAGAAAAACCGAUACUUCAUUCAUUGCUGUCUUGAAAAAGUCUGACCUGUCUGCGCCCUCUUUUCCCUUGCCGACAAGGCUUCAGAAAGAUGAAAAAAGCACUUCGGAAGCAGAGACGGGGUUUUUUAAGACGUGGCUCAAUUUCUCAAAAAUUUAGCAAAGCUAUGAAACAAAUUAAGAGAUUUAAAAGUCUUGGUAGUGAAUUUUGUCCUGAAAAAUGCUCUUUUUGUGAGUUGUCGGGGUUUUGAAAUUUGCGCCCGACUUUUACGGCUUCGCCAAGGUUGAGAGACUUCAGGAGGUUGAGAGAGCGCGAGACAAAACUUGAUUUAGAGAGGUUUAACGAGGAAACUCACAAAAAGGAGAAGGUUAGGAGGGUUUGUAAUCAUUUUUGUCACUAAAUAUGCUCUUUUCUGUGAGUUGUCGAGUUUCUGAAGCUUGCGCCGGACUCUAACCGGCUUCGCCAAGAGUGAGAGACUUCAGGAGGUUGAAAGAGCGCGAGAGAAAGCUUGCUUUUUAGAGUCCUAACGAAAAAACUUACGAAAAGUACAAGUUUAGACUUUCCCAGCCAUUUUUGUCACGAAAAAUGCUCUUUUUUGUAAAUUUUCGAGUUUUUGAAGCUUGCGCCCGACUCUAACCGGCUUCGCCAAGAGCUAGAGACUUCACAAAUUUGAUAGAGCGUUAGAGAGCUUUCUCCAUAGAGGCUUAGCGAGUAUAGUUACAAAAAAAAAAUGUAGAAGGCAAUCUUGUUCCAAGCAGAGAUUAAUGAAGUAUUCGUGAGAAGUCUCACGUAACCAAGUUCUUUGAAAAUUGAUGAUACUGAUCCGGUUGCAGUCCAAUCGGAACGCGAAAAGAGGGAGAAAGAGAAGAGGGACCACCAGGAGAGAAUCGAAGCCCUACGGAGAGAAAGAGAGAGCCGGAAUGCUCUGGCCGACUUUGCCGGACCGUCUUAUCCGAUAGGACCUUCUCCAGCUCAACAUUAUCAGGGACCACCGUCUGUUCAGUCUAAUUCUUCUGGUUAGUAUGGAAAGGGCAAAAUAAUGAUCAGAAAAUAAUUUUUGGAAACUGUUGAGUGUAGAGAUUACAUCUUGAAAUUUCGAAACUCAAAAAAAAAUCCAAUAUCAGUAAAAUUAAGCUUAGAAAAAAGAAAGCUGAUAAGAUUCACCUGGAAAGUUGAGCCAAGAAAAAUAGGAGCUGGAUGAUUUAAAAAUUCAAAAAAAUUGGGCACGGAAGAAGAAUUUUGAAAAAUUUCAUUAAAAUUGAUUCUUCCAUACUUGGAAUAACCUCGGUUCGGCCGCAAACGGGGGGCUUGAAAAAAACAAUAAAAUAAAUUUUUUUGAGAUAUUUCAUUAAAUGCACUAUGAAAAAAAUUUUUUUUUCUUCAAAUCGAAAAAAAUCAUCAUGAUUUUCGGGUUCAGCGUGGUUGAUUUAGUCUAGAAACAUGUAAGGGGGACUUGGCUUUUGUUCCGAGGGGGGCGGGGGGUGGACUCGGCUCACGCCAGGCUCACUCAUUCCAUGUAUGGCCAAGAAAAAAAUGAAGGUUGGAAUCUCUUGCUUCAGAAAGCUUAAUGAUUCUAGCCUGGGCCAUUAACCCCCCCCCCCUUUUUUUUAGCCCUAUUCUGGAAGGUGAGCUCAGAAAAUACAGCAUCAGAGUUUUAGAUUCAGAAAAUUGACUUAAAACGCAACUAAAAAUUCUUAAUUUAGUUAAUUUGGAUCCAAAAGCCUUAUCACGUUCAGAUCUCGUUUCAAAAAAUUUAUUCUCCAAAAAUAUUUUUCAAGCGAAAAAUAGGGCGAAGUUAGACAAGAAUCGGAAAAAGAGACUGGAAUUUUUCGAAGGGUUUAACCUAGCACAUGAACCUUGAAGAAAAAACAUUUUCAGCUGGCCAUCCCCGCCUGAAAGACUUCAUGGACCAGUACCGAUCCAGAAAAUCGAUGCCUCAAUCAGUUUCGCCGGCCGAUUUUUCGAUCCCCCAGCCUCCGUCCCCGGCGCCAAGUAGUGUCCAUGAUUUUGGCCCCGGUAAUCCUUUCUCGGAAUAAAAAUGAAUAAAAUGGAUUUUUUCAGACCAACACGACCAAAACCUCGCCAACUUCUCCAAACUGUCCAUCAACAACAAUUUCCCAGCCUAUCAACAGCCUCGAACUUCUCCGAUGCGCCAGGGACCUCCUCCAGCUCCUCCCGGGAAUUAUUUUGGCCAAGCUCCGAUCCAAUACAACCAGCCUCAGUUCAAUCCUGAACAAUAUCAGAACUAUCAACAAAUCGGACAUGCUCCAGCUCCCCCGCAAGGUCAACCAGCUCCGACCAACACGACCAGCGCUUUUUCUGGUCCUCUGAGCAGCACUACCCCAGCUCCGAUCAGUUCUUUCGGACAAGGACAUCAAGGUUUUCAAGCUCCUCCAGCUCCAAUUAAUAAUUUUGGAGCUAUAGGUCAUCCCCAUCAAAAUUUCCAAGCGCCGAACUUUCCUGGACAUGCUCCAGCUCAGCCAAAGUCGAAUUUUCGAGCGCCUAACGAAUCACUGAACUUCCCUGGACAUGCUCCAGCUUCACUUGGCACUUUUGGAGGCGCUCCAGCUCAACCUAACGUUACGCCGAAUCAUUCGGGAAAUGCUCCAGCUCCAACUGGCGGUUUUGGAGGUGCUCCAGCUCCAACUGGCGCUUUCGGACGUCCUGCUCCAGCUCAACCGGACUCGAAUUUCCAAGGCCCUAACGUCACCCCGAAUCAUCCUGGACAUGCUCCAGCUCCACCUAGCGCUUUUGGAGGACCGUCGAACUUUUCGCCGAACUCCGGCUUGAAUCAAGUUGCUCCAGCUCCAAAUAGUAUUUAUGGAGCUCCACCAGGACAGCUCGAUUCUCAAGCUGCUCCAGCUCAGCCAAACUUGCAAUUCCAAGCGUCAAGUGUCGCUCAAAACUUUCCUGGACAUGCUCCAGCUCCACAUAGCGCUUUUGGAGCUCCAGGUCAUCUGAAUUCUCAAGCUGCUCCAGCUCAUCCAAGCUCACAAUUCCAAGCGUCUAGUACCGUUCAAAACUUCCCUGGCCACCCCUCUACUCCUCAAGUUUCAUCAGGAGCUGCUCCAGCUCAAAUUGGUCCUCUCGGAGCCACAGGACCUGCUCCAGCUCCUACUAGGGUCUUUGGAGCUCCAACUCAGCCUAACUCGCAGUUCCAUGCUUCCAAUGCUGCGCCGAGUUUUGCUGGACAUGCUCCAACUCCAAAUAGUCCUUUUGGAACAUCCGGAGCUGCUCCAGCUCAGCCAAGGUCGAACUUUGGACCUUCCAACUUUGCUCCGAAUCUUCCUAGGAACACUGCUCCUCCUCAGAAUCAAUCUGGAGCUCCUCCAGCUCAAUUUGCCUCUUCCCCAGCUCAACUCAGCUCGAAUUUCCAAGCGCCGAGUUAUCCAGGACAAGCUGGUGCUCCUCAAGGUGCGCCAGGAGUGUUUGCAGGUCACUUUGGAGCCUCAGGAGCUGCUCCAGCUCAGACAAGCUCGAAUUUCCAAGCUCCCAGUUAUCCAGGACAAGCUGGUGCUCCCCAAGGUCAGCCGGGAGCAUCUCACCCCGGAGGAGCUGCUCCAGCUCAUCCAAGCUAUCCUGUAAAACCUGCUCCAGCUCAGCCAAACUCGCAAUUCCAAGCCUCCAACUUUCCGCCACAAAGUCCAGCUCUACCCAACACCUUGUCUAAUAACGGAGCGAAACCUCAAGCUCCUCAACCAGCUGCUCCAGCUCAACCUGGAACUUUCGGUGGACCGCCAACACAACAAAAUAACAUCUGGGGCAGCAGUGGCCAGACCGUCAAUCGAGUUUCUACGGCGUCACCUUGGCACGAGACGAUUCGGGUUGGAUAUUAUCCAUUUUUCGCAAUAGAGCAGACUUGAUCGGAAAAAAUAGCCGCGGACCAAAAAGGGCUUAAAAAUCUGUUUCAAUGCUGUUAGCUGUAGAGCAGUUUUCAAUGGACCAAAAUAGCCACGGAUAGAAAAAGAUGAGGAGAUUUUGACAAAUUUUCGCAAUGGAGCAAACUUGAGUGGAAAAAAUAGCCGCGAACAGAAAAAUAGCUAGGAAUCUUUUUCAAUGUUUUUUAGCUUUAGGGGAGAUUUUGAUAGACAAAAAUAGCUGAGAAACGAAAAAAGAUGAAGAUAUUUGACAAUUUUCGCAAUGGAGCAAACUUGACUGGAAAAAAUAGCCGCGAACAAAAAAAUAGCUAGGAAUCUUUUUCAAUGUUUUUUAGCUUUAGGGCAGAUUUUGAUAGACAAAAAUAGCCGCGAAACGAAAAAAGAUAAAGAUAUUUGGCAAUUUUCGCAAUAGAGCAAACUUGACUGGAAAAAAUAGUUUCAAAUAAAAUUGAAAGUUAAACGCGCUCUGUGGCAAUUUUUGUUCGUAUACUUUCAUUUUCUUGAAAAUCAAUAUUUAAUGGGAAGCUUGAUAGGAACUGGACAGAUUUGGAUAUGAACUUGUAGGAAAAACCCAAUUUUACCGUGGAGCGCGAAGCAACCAAACUGCCGCGGCUAUUUCUUCAAAAGUUGUUUUUAGAGCUAUUCUUCCUUAUUUUGAUGAAUAACAUGAAAUUUUUGCUUCAGACUGGACCUGGUCCAGCUCCACAGCCACAACCUGCAGCUCCAGCUCAAUAUUCGACAAAUCUGGUCAGAUUUCUUUCAAAAAAAGGCCCAAAAUGGAUUAUUUUAGCCCCAAGUACAUCCUUCUCAUCAAAAUCAUCCCCAGUCUCAAUUUCCGGCUUCCGGAGUGCAGAGCAAUCUUGUCAGUGGUUCAUCUCCUUAUAAAAAUCUUCAAAAAUCGGUAAAAAUGAGCUAUUUUAGGACUUUGAGCUCAUUUUUCUCGGAUUCCAGGAAGUUGGACAGCUUGGGACUCUCAGAAACUUUUUCUGGUACAUUCGGGAAUGUUCUGGCCAAUUUUUAGAGAAUUCCAAACCCCAAAGAUGAAUUUUACCUUGCUCAGAUGUACAAGAAAUAAUUGGAAAAAAAUUUUUUUCGAAUUUUUGAGUAAAAACGGACUUUAGGACUUAUUGGGAUCUUUAUCGAACGAUUUGUUCUUGCCGCAACCCAUUCAGCCAACUUCGAUGCCACGAAUUCCCGAUGGAAGUUCGAUGAGUAGGUUUUUCGACGUGAUUUUGGGUAGAAAAUAGGAAAUUUAUUGAAAAUCCAGUUGAAAAUUUGAAAAAUCGACCUUUUUUGUACUGGAAAUUGUUAUUUUGGACAUGCUUUUGGGUAGGAAAAUGAAAAUUUAUGAAAAAUCCAGUUGAAAAAUCGAAAAUUCGAAUCUUUUUGUACUAGAAAUUCAGUUUAUCGACAGAAUUCUGGCUAGAAAAAAAAAAUGAAAAUUUGGUCGAAAUCCAGUUGAAAAAAAAAAUGAAAAUCCAGCCUUUUUUUAUACUGAGAAUUCUGAUUUUCAACAUUUUUUUGGGGGAAAAAGAAAAAAAUUUGUAGAAAAAUCCGGUUGAAAAAAACGAAAAUUCAAGCCUUUUUUUCGUACUGAUAUUCUGAUUUUUCGACAUGGUUUUGGGUAGAAAAAAAUGAGAAUUUGUAGAAAAAUUCAGUUGAAAAAAAUGAAAAAAAUUUCGACCUUUUUUUCUACUGGAAACUCUGAUUCUCGACAGAAUUUUUGGAUAGAAAAAAAUGAGAAUUUGUUGAAAAAUUCAUUUGAAAAAAAUAUAAAAACACGGGCCUUUUUUUGUACAAGACGUAACAAAUUUCAAUCGCUUUUUUUCCGGAAUUUUUCAAUUAUAGGGUUCAUGUUUUCAAAGAUAGUCAGAAAAAAAUUUUUUUGAGUCGAAUAAUAUUGUAAAAGCUUUUCUAAAAAAAUCGCAAAAAAAUUUAAUUUUUUUCGCUCAUUUUUUUCAGAAUAUCUCGUUGAGUAGGUUUUUUUCAACACGAUUUUGGUUGGAAAAAAAUUGAAAAUUUAUUGAAAAAUCAGACCUUUUUUUGUACAAGCUAUCUGGAAAAAUUAUAACAAAAAAAUUUAAUUUUUUUCGGAAUUUUUUUCGUUGAGUAAGUUAUUCUACAUGAUUUUAGAAAGAUAUAGAGAAAUGAAAUUUUUGGGAAAAAUUUCGUUGGAAAAAUAUGAAACCUGAGCUUUUUUUCAGGGCGAUUUUGUACAAGUUUUCUGGAAGUUUCAGCAAAAAUUUUCAUUCUUUGUUCCUUUUUUUAGUGUUUUCAGUUCAGCAGAGCUCAUAUUUUGGAGAGAAAUCAUCAGAAAAAGCUCAAAAAAAUUCAGAAAAAAAAUUUAAAAAUUUUAAGCCGAAAAAUAGUUUAUCCCUGCCCAAAUAUGCACAGAAAAUGUUCCAAAACCAAUAAAAAAUAUAAUUCGCUAAAAUCUACAGAGCUUCAAACGAAACCGGUUGGAAGUUGUUCUGAUCCGGCUUUCGGUAGGCCUCCUGCCGGAAAUUCGGCUUCUUCCGAACUUUUGGCCAAUAAUAAUCGACCUGCCGCCGCCGUCGUCCCCAUGCAACACGUCAACGUCAGGAUGAAUCAGGAAAAGGUCCGAAAAUAUCCUUUUUCGGGGGUAGAAAUUGAGAUUUUGAAGUUUUUUAGUUUCGGUCUAUUUUUAAGGUCGAAGGCUUUGUUUUAGAGGAUUUUAUCGAAAAAUUGAGUUUUAUUGAUUUUCUAGCCUCAAAUUUGACUAUAAAGGCUCAGCGAACAAAUAAAAAAAUAAGGUCUAAAACUUGAUUUUUUUAGGUUUAAAAAGAAGUUCAAUACAGUUUUACCUUUCUAAAUUUCUUUUUCUUCAACUUUUCAAAAACUUCUAAAUGGAUCACCUUUCUAGAAGUUGAAAAAAAUGGGCUUUUUGAGCUUUCUGUAAAGUUUUUUUAUCGGAUAUUCAAGCAAGAAAAAAAUUUUUUUGAAUGAUUUUAUAGGUUCUGAGUUUUUCAAUGGACUUUGAAGGCUCAAAAAUUCAGUUUUUUUGAUCAGUUUUUUUGACCCAAAAAUCGAUUUUGAACCAUCUUUCGUGAAAACAAUGAUUCUCAAAAAAAUUGUCAGAAAGGAAUAUAUUAGAAACUUUCUGAGAAGGCGGAGAAGCUAGGAUUUUAAUAUUUCAUUUAAAAAAAUUUCAUAUUUUUCCGCCUAGUCGAUUUCAUUUGACUAAACAAUAAUUAUUAAUUAAUUGGUUGGAAAUAUUGAAAUUUUCACACUUUCAGUUCCCUGAUCCCACGGCUCAAGGCUCAUUCUCUUCCAUCAACCCCACUUUUUCAGUAAUUUAUCACUUUAAAAAUCAAAUUGAAUUUUCUUUUUUAGCCAAACCUGAAGCCUUUGCACGUUUCUGAUGUAAUGGACCCGUCGAAAUUCGAAAUCGGCCAGUCGGAUAAGGCGAGGCUGGAGAAGAGGCUUCUGCAUGAUAGUUUUCGGUGGGUUUUGGUGAUAAGUGGACCCUUGAGGGGCUACUUAAAGGGUUCUUGUAGGUUCCUUCAAGAGGGCACUGUUCGAAAAAGUGACCCCUCUAGGGGUUUAGUUAGUGAUAACUGAAGGGAAGGCUUCUGCAUGACAGUUUCCGGGGGGUUUUGGUGAUGAUCUCAGAAAAGCCCCAGUGGUCCCUAGAGGGGCAACUCAAGAAGGCACUGCUCGCAAAAACGACCACUCAAGGGAUUUUAGUUAGUGACACCUGAAGAAAAGGCUUUUACGGGAUAGUUUUCGGUGGGUUUUCCAUGAUGAGUGGACCCUUGAGGGGCGACUUGAGGGGCUUUUGUAGGACCCCUCAAGAGGGCUCUGCUCGCAAAACGGACCACUCUAGGGGCUUGAAUAAUUGUUAAAUGAAGGAAAGGCUUCUGCAUGAUAAUUUUCGGUGAGUUUCUAUGAUGAGUGGACUCUAAAGGGGCUGCUUAAAGGGAUCUUGUAGGACCCCUCAAGAGGGGGGUACUGAUCGCAAAAGUGGCCACUUUAGGGGUUUAGUUAGUGAUAAAUGAAGAAAAGGCUUUUAGGGGAUAGUUUUCGGUAAGUUUUGGUGAUAAUUGGACCCUAGAGGGGCUACUUAAAAAGACUCUUGUAGAUUUCCUCAAGGGGGUGGGGUAGUGAUCGCAAAAAGUGGCCACUCUAGGGAUUUUAGUUAGUCAUAACUUUUAAGCGAGCAGUCUAGUGGCCCCUAUACGUUUUUUUAUUUUUCACAUCUGAAGACUACUAUAGGGACCACUUCAGCUUUAGGUUCUUCGAGGUUAGUCCCUAUAAACCUCCUGAAGGGACCACUUUAGCUUUCUAAGAAGAACUAUAGAGGCUUUUUUCCUAAUCUUAUAGUGAUCACUUUGGUGUUCUAUGAUGAGAAGAAAUGGUUCGUAAAAAAUAAAAAUUGAUAAUUUUUCGUGUUAUUAUCCGUCCAGAAAGCAUAUAGCUUAAUAAUAAUGAAUUUUUGAUUGAAAUUGGAUUACGGUACGCGAUUUUGUGUACACCGUUCCAUCGCGCCGAGACAAAAAUUGAAUUUUUUUCAAAUAACUGAGGGUUUUUGUGCGAUUUGGGUGGUAUAGUUGUGUCACUAGAGGAGAAACUGAACAUAAUGACCUCUAAAAUAAUUAUAUUGGCCAAAUUUUCAAACCGCUGCGCGACCGCGACGCUCUGAGCCAUUCUACAUGCGACCAAUAUUUUUUUCAAUUUUCAGAGGACAAUACCAGCCCCCGCCGCUGGACCUCAACGAUCCAUUGAACCAGAUUAACGUUUUUGGAGACAACCGCAGAAAUUAAUCAUUCCGUGUACCGUAACCUUGAAAAUACUGUAUUUAUUUGCUUCCCUCAUUUAUAAUUCCUGUACAUUUAGUCUUAUUGCGGUGCUCCAAUAUUUUUCACAUUUCCGGUAGUUUUUUUUUGCGUAUAGGGUAAACCAAUGUGAUUGAACGAAAAAUAAAUAUUUAUUUUCACUUUUUUCCGCUUUUUGUGGUUGAAUCGCUUCCUUGGCAAACUAAUUUUAUUUUUUUCAUGCUUUAAAUCAGCUUGGGCUGUUUCAGGGCCUCUCCCGGGAGAAAAUGAACGAAGAAACGCCCGCGAAACGGCAUCAGAUGGGCCUCGUCGCCUGCACGAGCUAUGUCGUCGGUCCGCUUUUUUACUUUCCUGUUUCAGAGAUGCGACAAAAUCAAAUCGUGACUCGAUUUUUGUUUUGUACUGUAUCUGGAAUUGCUCCAAAUUACUUAGAAACGCCAGAGUGAUCCCUAGAGGGGCCCCCUCUUGUCCCCUCCAGUGGCUGUUUUUCCCUAACCCAUCUAGGAAAAACAGCCAUUACAGAGUGGUUCCUAGAGGGGUUAGAGGGACAAUAGCCACUUCAAAGUGGUCUCUUGAGGGGUUAGAAGGAAAAACAGCCACUAGAGGGGACAAAACGGGUCUUUCUAAAGGGAAAACUUCGAGAGCCCCUCUAGGGACCACUCUGGCCUAUCAUCAAAAAAAAUUUUAGACUGAUCUCUUCUCCAUCGGAAUUUAGUCCAUUCACUGAUGACUUAGGAAAAAAAAAGAUUUUUUCAAAGGUUUUUAGUUUUUGAAGCGGUCGCAUUUGGAAUGGCUCGAAUGACAGUUAAAUCCAAUGCUUUCUGACGCCUUAGCGCGUAAGUCGUUUUGAGUCGGGCGCGCGAAGUUUGAAGGCGCAUAGAUUAUGUUAUUCCAAAAGAAUACUGUGGCCGCAUUUGGAAUGGCUCGAAUGGCAAUCAACUAUGCAACGCCUUAAGGUAAGCGCGUAAGCCGUGUUGAGUCGGGCGCAUUUUUGAGAAAACGCAUUGAGGCCCGAACCAUUCCACGUGCGACCACAUACUUUCAAUUUAGAGAAGUUUGAAAAGGAGAAAAUAUUGUUAUUGAUUUCCUCAAGCUUGAAACUCUCUGAUUUCUCUCGGCUCUCUCGUUUUCACGUGCUAUUUUAGUCAUUUUUCCUAACCUCAGAGAGAGAGAAGAGGGCGCAGACAAGUCAUACAGCCCAAGUUUUGGUUUUUGAAAUAUGAUUGGGAAAAAUUAUCAUUCGUGUAUCAUUUUCUUCUCAUUGAGUCACUUUUCAAUAAAUCUUGAAACAGGUAAAUCAAGUUGAAUAACCAAUUUUUUUUCACGUGAAUUUUAAAGGCGCAUGGAUUGGGCUUUCGAAAAGAAUACUGUGACCGCAUUUGGAAUGGCUCGAAUGGCAAUUAACUAUGCAACGCCUUAAGGUUAGAGCGAAAGUAGUUUUGAGUCGGGCGCAAUUUUGAGAAAGCGCUUUGCAACCGAACCAUUCCACGUGCGACCAAUUUAUUUCGAAAAGGAGAAAAUAUUGUUAUUGAUUUCCUCAAGCUUGAAACUCUCUGAUUUCUCUCGGCUCUCUCGUUUUCACGUGCUAUUUUAGUCAUUUUUCCUAACCUCAGAGAGAAAAGAGGGCGCAGACAAGUCAUACAGCCCAAGUUUUGGUUUUUGAAAUAUGAUUGGGAAAAAUUAUCAUUCGUGUAUCAUUUUCUUCUCAUUGAGUCACUUUUCAAUAAAUCUUGAAACAGGUAGAUAAAAUUAAACGGUCAUUAUUUUUCACGUGAAGUUUAAAGGCGCAUGGCUUGCGCUUUCAAAAAGAUUCUUUAGAUAAAUAAAACUUUUUCUUUUUUAUUGGUUCCCGUUGCAGCCAACAUUGUCGGCGCCGGAAUUUUCAUCACCCCUGGCCCAAUUCUGACGUAUACCGAUUCGAUUGGAUUGGCUCUGAUCGUCUGGGCCGGCUGUGGAUUGAUUUCAUUGAUUGGUUUCUCAAAAAGAUUAUUUUCAAGUGAUUAUUUGAUCAAUUUGAGGAGCGAUUUGCUACAUUGAGCUCGGGACUUCGAUUCUGGAGCCCGGGUGCGAUUUCGCCUACAAUGUGAGAGUCUUGUUGAACUGUCAGAAUUUUCAAAUCUCAAAAUUUUGACCGAACUUAAAAAAUUAUGAACGCAUUCACCGUUUUCACUCAAAAAGGGCUCGAAUCUCGUUUUUCAAAUAUCAAAAUGGGUUUUUUUUUUCUUGUGCAGAACUUAUCAUGAAAGUCUUUCAUGCCACAAAAAUUUUUCUCAAUUUAUUACGCAGAGAUGAGCGGAACGGAAAGUUUAAGUUGAACUUUAGAUGAAACUUUGUUGAAGUGUACUUGAGGACCCACUGCAAAAAAAAAAAAAAAAAUUUCUCGCAAUAAAUCUCGUUUUCAAUUUAGGACGCUUCAAAAGCUUGAAAUAUCGCUUUUUUAUCAUUAUUUCCGUAUUUUGCAGACUUUAAAGCUCCAUAACUCGAAAACAAGAUCUAUGGGGAGAAAAAAAGGUUCUCUAGCCAGUUCUAAGCAAAAAUCUUUAAUAUGAGCAAUAUUGAGCAAAUAUGAAAUAUUAUAUUUUCAAAAUUUGAAUAAAAUUAUUUUGCACCUUGUGACAAACUUUAAUCGAGAUUCGUUGAUUUUUUGCUGAGGUUUAGAUUUUCGAAGCUUUUUACCGUAAUCAUUCGAGCUACCGUAUCUCAAAAACGGCUCGAGUGAUGAUAUUCAGUUUUUUUUUCCAAAAAAUCCUAAAAAUCGUGUUUUACAACAUAUUCGAUCUAGAGAAAAUUUUACCACAACCCUCAUUUUUUUUCCCAACUCAGCCUAAACCUAAAUGGCGCAGAACAAGUCUGCGCCUAAUUAUUGGACUGUGACCUUUUUGUAUUUUUUUUAACUACAAAUAAUAUUAUUUGACGUUGAACGGGUGAAAAAAGAUUAUUGGACUGUGGAAAAAUUUGAAAAUUUUCGGAAAAAGUUACGGUACGAUGAGUUCGGCCCAUCUCUUUGAGCGAUAUCAGACCAUUCAACAUUUUCCCGUAAACCAUUUUUACGAUUUUCUUGAUUACGGCCCAUCAAUUGGUAAAGGUUUACGUCGGCUGGGAAGCGAUCGCCUUCUCCUUCAUGUGGGUCGGCGUCUUGAUGAGCUAUCCAGCUUCGGCCGCAGUUCAGGCUCAAACUUUCGGCCAAUACGUUGGUCAGACCUUCUCCUCUCGCUCCAUACAAAGUUGAGAAUUCAGUGGCCGGCCUGGCGCCGGUUUGGGAGCUGGAGCAGCCCUGGCAGGAGAUUUUGGAGCGCGGCUUGGGAUUCGGCCUGAUCAGUGAGUUGGACCAGAAAAUAUGAUGUAUUUGUGUCCGAAAGUCGCAUAGGGAAUGGCUUAGCGCGUGGCGGCUGCGUAGCGGUUUUUAAGAUGCGCCCGACUUAAAACGACUCGCGCGCGUAGGGGUCUGUAAUCACGAAGUCGAAGAAGCGACUGGCUCCAUUUUUUUUCAGUUGAGCCAUUCCAAAUGCGACCAAAGGUGCACCCGACUGUAAAACGACUUGCGCGCGUAGGUAAUUGUGGUCACCAGGUCGUCAAAAGUGCAAUUUAAAAAAAAAAGAUGGAACGGAAAAUUUUGAGCCGUUCCAAAUGCGACCAAAAGUGCACCCGACUCAAAACGACUUGCGCGUGUAUGCAUUUAUUAUCGUAAGAUCCGAAAAAUCUCUGAUUUUUAAAAUGUUUAUGAAGCGUUGAGCCAUUCCAAGUGCGACCAGAAGCUUAAAAGAAAAGAAGAAAAUUUGAAAAAGCCUUUUUUUCAGUUUUGCUGACAAUUUUGAACUUGUACGCAAUCGACAAGUACGCGGCACGGUUCCAGGUAAAUUUCAAGUUUCAGUUUCAGAAAAUGUUCAAAAAAAAAGUAUUUAGUUCGUUCUUUAGUGUUUAAUGAACGUCUUAAGACUGUUUCUCUACUUCCCUAGCUACGCUCUCAUGCUCGUGCGCUAUUUCCAUGUUUCUCUGAAUUAAGAGGUGAUGGAAAAGAGGGUGCAGACAAGUCAGAGAGUUUUUCAAGAAGUGGCGAAUGAAUAAUAUUGAUUUUAUAUGAAUUUGCUUGGGUGAAUAUUGAUUUUUCGUGAAUUUUAAGGAAUGAAUAUUGAUUUUUCGUGGAUUUUAGUGAAGGAAUAUCGAUUUUUUGUGGAUUUUUAUGAAGGAAUAUUGAAUUUUCGUGAAUUUUAAGGAAUGAAUAUUGAUUUUUCGUGGAUUUUAGUAAAGGAAUAUCGAUUUUUUGUGGAUUUUUAUGAAUGAAUAUUGAUUUUUCGGGAAUUUGUUUCGGUAAAUAUUGAUUUUUCGUGGAUUUUUAUGAAGAAAUAUUGAUUUUUCGUGGAUUUUAGUGAAGGAAUAUCGAUUUUUUGUGGAUUUUUGUGAAGGAAUAUUGAUUUUUCGUGGAUUUGAUUCGGUAAACAUUGAUUUUUCGUGAAUUGAUUGAGUGAAUAUUGAUUUUUCAGAUCGUUGUAACAAUCGCGAAGCUUUUUCGCCUUGGCUGUUAUCAUCGUAACCGGAUUUUUAUUAUUUACUUGUGAAAGGUAAAUUUUAUUCAUCAUUAAGGCCUUCUGAAUAAAGAUUUACGGUCCGUAAAUAGAUUUUUAAAGAACGAAUUUGAAGUUUUACUCCCUUUACCAGCUUGUAGGAUUUUUUUUCCAUGAAAAUUUCCGUUUUCUGCUUUUUUUUUUUUAAUGAUUUACCGACAGUAAACGUUGAUUAAAAUGGGAUUUUUUCCAACAAAAAGGUUCUAGGUUACACGAAAAACUUCGAAAAUGCGAUGGAGGGCAGCAAUUUCAGCCCAGGACCCCUGGCCCUCGCCUUUUAUGGAGCUCUUUGGAGUUUUGCUGGCUGGGAUAUUCUGAACUACGGAACCCCGGAGAUUUACAAGCCCAGGAGGUGGUUUUUCCGGCUUUUUCUCUAUUUAGAAAAUUUUUUUAUGAAGUUUUCCAACUGGAAAAUGAAGUUGAAGUCGCGUUUUUGAAAGAUUUAUGCCUGGGAAUUCCAAAGUGGUCUCUAUAGGGGCAACCUUAGGAACCCUUGAAGGGCUCCCUCUAGGGACCACUUCACCAACCCCUAUAGGGGCCACUAAAGCUCGCAAAAGUGAUCCCUAUAGGGGACAUGUUAGUCGAUAAUUGUUAUGAACUCUAAGCGAAGAAGCAUUUCCAUGAGAAAAACUGAAUUCUCAGCGUUUUUUUAAUGAAACUGAGAGACCCCUAUAGGGUCCACUUAGGCUUUAAAGACUGAGGGGUGAUACCUCUGACCCCUAUAGGGACCACCUUAAUUUUACCCCUAGAGGGACCACUUUUCGGCCCCUGUAUGGGCAUUCCCCGGAUAUCGAGGACUCGUUUCCAACACUCCAAAGUGGUCCCUAUAGGGGCAACUUUAGGGGUCCUUUGACGGUCCACUCCAACCCCUGUAGGUGCCGCUAAAGCUUGCAGAAGAGGUCCCUUUAGGGAUUUCAGUUAGUGCCCCCUAUAGGGCGUUUUUUGAAUGAAAUUAAGAGACCCCUAUAGGGCCCACUUGAGUUUUAAAGGCUGAGGGGUGAGACCUCUAACCCCUAUAGGGACUACUCUGAAAUUUCUAUGUGCGUUACGCUUGUGGCACUUUAAGUAGGGGGCGCAAAGCCCCGCCCCUUCACGCCACCAAAAUGACGAUUUUUUUGUUGCAAAAACGGUUUUGAGGCGUUUAUACUAGCUAAAGUCUCACUUUAAAAACCAACUGUUUCUGAAAACCUAUGUAAUCAACAACGCUCUACAAGACUGAAUAUUUUUAGAACUAUGUAUUUUUCAAAAAUAAGCGAAAAAGCAAGAUAUAACACGAAAAAAACUGACAAGUUUCACAAAAUCGUCGCGUUUCAGAAAACCAAGUGAGGAACGCUUCUAAAUUUUUAGUAUGUUAUACAUUAACACUUUCUUUAUUUUUUUGAGUGGAAAUGAAAAAAAUCUACCGACGCGAAAAAAAUAUUAAAGCUUGUAAAGUGACACCAAACUUUAAAGCUGAAAUGCGGAAAAAAAUUUCAGCGACAUGGUAUACUUUUUUUAUUUGAUUUAAAAAACUAACAGUGUGUCCAAAGAAAUAAAAAAAUUCAAAAUGAAAAUAAUUAUUGGGACAGCGAAUCAAAUUAUAUUUGAGUUUUACCAAAAACCUCCUUUUUUUCGCCUGCCUCGUUGACGCAUGAGAGAAUAGGAUCGCGUCUACAUUUUUUUGAUUAUGUUAUUAAGCGUUCAAAAACUCUACCAAUGAAAAAAAUUAUGAAAAAAAUCGAUCGACGCGAAAAAAAUAACGGCUUUGAAAAACCCCGAAAAAAAUAGCAAUUUUUUUGAAAUUUCGGAAGAUUUCGUGCAAGUGUCCGUAGCAGUGUUUGCGUCAAACACACCGAUGCGCCCUUUUAAAUGUCGCAGGAGCCGUUUUUUUCGGAGUCAAAUUGCACACUUUUCCUGUUUUAUUUCGAAAUAACAUUAUUUUUCAUUUUUUCUUUUUUCCAAACCAAAUGAUAAUAAUUCUUCUGAUUAGAAAAAAAGAAAAAAAUAAGCUGAAAAAUUCCUUGUGACCUUUUUUUCUAAGUAGUUUUUUUGAUAUUUUAUCAAAAAAAUUCUGAUGAUAGUUAUGCGAAUGAUUCAUGCCAAAAACAUAAAGAUCAGUUCUGACAACCUCUCAGAACAGAAAAACCGAUUUAAAAAAACGGUUCAGAAAUGCGCAAAAACAUUUAAAAAGAAAGCGUGCGGCAGCGGGUAAACCGUGAGAUUUCGCCUCCAGUUGAACGCCGCGCGCGCUCGUUUUUUGGCCAUAACUUUUUUCUUAGUGGAGCUUUUUUCAAAAACUAAACGGAUUAUGAAAAUGGACAGUCUCCUCUAUCGAACAUUGUGAAAAACAUAUUUUUUGAAUCGUUCUGAAGAAAUGGCUUGCGGACCCUAACUUUAAGGAACCUGCUGGUCAGCGCGCCCGACCAGAAACUACUUUCGCGAGGCAGCAUUUUUGCUUUUAGGGAAAGUCGCAAAAGGUCGAGCGCAGCUGUGGAAUGAGUAUCAGCUCUUUUUUACCCGCCAAAAGCCCAUGAAUUUACGAAAAAUUGAGAACAUUCCGUUUUUUUUUUAUCACAACUUUCCUGUGUGUAGUUUGAUCUUCCUGGAUCCUUUUAGAGUUGGGAGGAUUGUUAUUUGUAACACUCUGGUUAAACUUCAGUUCACAGGAAGAAAAGCAGAUUUUUAGGGUUUCAUAAAGAUUUCAUACAAGUUGUGAGCAGUCUCGUACCUUUUCUGACCAUUAAAAAUCUUUUUUAUUGAAUGGAUACUGUAGGACGAUGCCGAUAGCUCUCCUCGGAGGAAUCGUCACGGUCACGAGCAUUUACCUGGCGAUGAACGUCUCCUACUUUGCUGUUCUGACGCCGGAUCAGAUUAAGAACAGCUCGGCGGUCGCCGCGGUGUGUUCUGUUUCCAAAUGGAUUUUAACCCGAUUCCACUAUAAUUUUUGAAAAUCGAUAAAAAAGUUCUCUUCAUCAUUUUGAUAAUAGUAGGAUAGCAAACAAAAAAAUACUGUUUUUAAAAAAUUUUGAUCUUGCUUCAGUGUUUGCCAAAAAAUGCUUGAAAAUCUUAAUUUUCUUCGAAGAUUUUGUAAUUUUUAAUGGUUUUUAUCAGUUUCUUUACUAUUAGAUCUUAUUUUCCCUAAAGGGGCCACUUUUGCAAGUAUUGGGAGCCUUUAUAGGGGUGAGGUUGACACUAGACGGACCACUCUGGCGUUCCUAAGCUCCUAAAAAAUGGAUUUAUUUAUGUCUGAAUCAUUCGAACCGACUCCCAAGGUCCGAAAUUAUCAAAUAUGCUCUUUUUUAAGGAUUUUGCCCAAGUGACCCUUGGAAAUUUCUCCUAUGCCAUCCCAUUCAUGAUCGCCAUCCUGCUGAUUGGCACACUCAACAGCAAUAUUUUCUGCGGUUCUAGGUUAGUUUGAUCUAAACGCAUAGGGUCUUGAAAGAAGCAAGUUGACACGGAUGCGCCUUUAAAAAUUCACAUUAGCGACAAAGUGCGAUAUCGCGCUGAGAAUAGUGCGAUAUCGCGCCUAGAGGAAUGCAAGAUCGGCGCGGCUGAAAUGCAGCACUCUUGCGAUGCGGUCAGCGAAAUCGCUUUUAUUAGCGACAUCUUAUCGAUAGAAAAGCGAUAUCCCUGGCGGUACAUUGACGAUAUCGCAAAAAUCUCGCGUUUCACGUUUUUGUUGGCGCGACAUCGCAUUUAUCUCGCUUUUCUCAGGCUCUUGAAAGAAAAAUAUUUUUUGAAAGUGCGAGGUGACUCCGAAACGAUAUCGCGCCGAGAAAAGUGCGAUAUCACGCCGAGAAACGUUUUGAUAUCGCGUCGAGAAAUGUCCGUUUUGCGCCGAGAAUAGUGCGAUGUUGCGUUGAGAAAUGUGCGAUUCCAAUGUGCGAUUUCGCGCCGAGAAAGAUGCGAUAUCGCGCCAAGAAACGUGCGAUAACGUGUCAAGAAAAGUGCGAUAUCGCGCUGAAAAAAGUCCGAUAUUGCGCCGAGUAUCCUGCCAUAUCGCGACGAGAAAAGUGCGAUAUCCCGCCGAAAAACGUCCGAUAUUGCGCCGAGAAUGGUGCGAUAUCGCACCGAGAAGAUUGCGAUAUCGCGCCGAAAAAAAUGCGUUAUCGCUCCCAGAAAAGUGCGAUAUCGCGCCGAGAAACGUGCGAUAUUGUGUCGAGAAAAGUGCAAGAGCGGCGCGGCUGAAAAACCAGCACUUGAUGCCGUCAGCGAUAUCGCUUCAUCUCGGCAAUUAGACUAUAAUUUAAGGUUCACUCACGCCGCAGCUCGUGAAGGUCAUCUUCCACCGUUUUUGAGCUGCAUUAAUGAGGAAUCUAAUAGUCCCAGAGCCGCCUUGCUUUUCCAGGUACCUUUUUCGGGUCGCCCCAGGGCGUGUUUCGGUAGCCUAGUCUCAUUAGAAGCUCUGAUUACACUCCAUCAAUCCUGGAUGCACUAUAAAUGACUCGAAGCGUUGAAGGUAGUACAACUUCCCUUUUCUCACGAUUUCCGAUGCCAAAGCGCGCAAGUCGUUUCGAGUCGGACGCAUUGACUCAACGAAAGCCCUGAGCUUAGCGUGUAUUCUUCAAUUUACAGCUGAUCUGCACGAUCGCCGUCACUUUUAUCAACACAAACGACCUGAUCAACUACGUGGCUUUUGUUAUGUUCGGCCAGAGAUUUGUGACCAUGGCGGCGCUUCUUUGGAUCCGCUACAGGAAGAUCCUUGUGGCUUCAGGUGGAUAUUGUAAUAUAAGUUUGAAAAAUCUGAGAAAGUAAAAAAAAAUUCACCCAGUAUGAUUGUCCGUACUCAGUAAUGCGGACACAACUUUUUGAGCCGUUUCCUCUUACUGUAGCCGGGUUACGGUAGGUCGGUGGGCACCUGCGUAUCUAAGUACUGAUGAUUUUUUACUGGGCAAGUGAUAUAUCAAUCGAUAGGUAAUCCAAUUUCAAGAACUUUUUCAGUACAUACCAUCCUUGGUUACUGUAGGUAUUUUUGAGAUACGGUACUUUUUGUGUUCGCAAUUUUGGUUUUUUGGUCACCCUACUCACAAUAGUCAUUUGCCGUUAGAGUUACCUCUCUGAAAGAUGUGUGAGGUCAUUAGCUACAAAUACAUAUCACAUUUAAAACUUUCGUCUUACCCAUCAUGUCGCAAAAUCGCGCGCAAAAAGUACCGUAACUCGAAAUUUUCUACAUUAACCCAAGAUGGUGUGUACUGUAAACGUUCCUAAAAUUGGAUUACCUAUCGAUUGAUAUAUCACUUGUCUAGUAAAAACUCUUCAAUACUUAGAUACGCAGGUGCCCACCGGCCUACCGUAACCCGGCUACAGUAAGAGGAAAUGGCUCAAAAAGUUGGGUCCGCAUUUCUGAUGACGGAAUAUUAUACUGGAUAAAGUUUCAUCAGAAUCUAAACAAAAAAUAAUCGAUAAUACACCUGUAAAAUGAUUUUUAAAGCUAAAAAAUGAUUUAAAGUACGUUUUUUCGAUUCAGGAGCGAUCCGAGUCCCCAUCAUAUUUUCCCUGAUUUUUUUCGUCAUCACUGCGGCUUUGGUCGUUGUCCCCUUCAUUGAGGAGACUCAGGUAAGAAAAAAAUCAGAUUAAUCAAUCGAUAAUCAUAUUUUCCAUCAGCAAACUAUCGUUGGAGUGAUCCUGGUGGCCAUCGGCCUCGUUUUGUACUUCAUUUUCAAACUUCCUUCCAAAAUGCCCGAUUUUAUCGUCAAAAUGAAUGGUUUGUUGGAUUUUUAGAUGUUUUAUUGAGAAGGAAAUGGUUUUUAAUUUAGUUAGGCUAAGUCGGAAGGACCCUUUUCUUUAUACUACCUUUUUCCGUCCUUUCAUCGGCCUUUUUCCAACCUUUUUGGACCCUUUUGAGAAACAACAAAUUUUUUUAAAUUAAGAAUAAUCUUUACCAGGAACUGUGUAUGAACCAAAAUUUGCUACAGUAAUAAAAUUGGAAAUAAUCAAUAGCCGAGUUUUUUGCACCCUUUUGAGGCUUUUUAGCCCACCAAGAAUGAAAGGCUCAAUAAAGGCCGCAAAACGGAACCCUUUCAGCCGCCAUUUUGCACCCGUUUUCCGCAUUUCCGACUUUGGCAGUCAAGGAAAAAAAUCUUGAUUUCAAAAAAAAUUCGCGAAAAUAAGAUUUUCAGAAGUUCCUAUAGAAAAGGACUGUUGUGAAUGGAUUUUUAUCAUUUUUCACAAAUCAUAAAAAUAUAUGGUCGCACUUGGAAUGGCUUAAAAUGACGUGGUUCCGUUUUAUUUCGAUCAGAACCUCGUUUGAAGCUUAAUUUGAGUGAUUUCCAAUGGAUCCGUGCGCAAGUCGUUUUCGGUCGGAACACUCAUUAAAGCAACUUUUAGCCAUUCCUUUUGCGACCAUCUCACAGUUCUUUCGGCACCACUUGAAACCGUCUUGUUUCUCUGCCUCUCUCGUAUUUGCAUGAUAUUUCCAUCUUUCUAUGACCUAGAAGGUCAGAGAAGAGAGAGAGAGCGCAGAGAAGUCAGACUGAAAAAAAGUUUCCGGGAAUUGCAGAGUGGUCCCUAUAGGGGCAACCUUAGAGACCUUCCAGGGACUACUUUACCAAUCCCUAUAGGGGCCACUAAAGCUUGAAAAAGUUUAUAGGAAUCACUUAAACUAACACGUAAGGGCUAAGGGGUCAGACUCUAAACCCCUAUAGGGACCACUUUAAUUUUACCUCUAUAGGGAUCACUUAAGCUGAGGGCUAAGGGAUCAGACAUUGAAACCCUAUAGGGACCGUUUUAAUUUUACCCCUAUAGAGACCACUUGAGCUUUAAGCGCUAAGAGGUCGGACUCUAAACCACUAUAGGGACCACUUCAAUUUUACCCUCAUAGGGACCACUUGAGCUUCAAGGGCCAAGGAGUCAGACCCUAAACCACCUAUAGAGACCACUUUUUCGCCCUCUAUAGGCCUUCCCCCUUAAUCCCUAUAGGAACCACUCUAGAAAUCCUGAGAUUUGAAAAAAAAAAAUUUCCUGCUCAUCAGACGGUCUCACCCGAGUCACGUGCCGCGUCUUGUUCUCGGCGACCGAUCUGAAACACGAAAACGCGAACAAUUCGCGGAAAGGGACGGCCGAAGUCGCGAUCGACGACGAGCUUCAGUCGCUUGACGUCGGCGACGCGACCCAUGACGACGCCGUUCAAGUUGAUAGGCUCUGA